CGACCUCGAUCUUUGGACUGACGUAUUUCUAACGAAACAUGGCACCAGAAUUUACAUUCAUAAUAUCGAAAGUUCCUGCUUAUCCGUUAGAUGACUUCUCGCUUCCGACCGGAGGUGUCAUUCUCAAGUCGUCGGACGGCGUCGAGUUUAAAGUGUACAGGAACAUCCUGGCCCUCGCAUCACCCUUGUUCCGAGAAAUGUUCACACUGCCUCAAUCGAUAGAUACAAAUGACACAGGAGAGCUAAUGGACGCCAAGGGCGAAAAGCCGACUUCGGACGUACAGGUCGUCGAUGUGACAGAAACGAGCAAGACUCUUGACAUCCUCUUGCGCAUGAUCUAUCCCACUUCUCCGCCAUCAUUUCCCGGAGUCACUGAUUCAGGCGAAAUUGAAGAUGCUCUUGAGUUGGUUAAAGGUAUAGAGCCCGUUUUGGCAGCGGCACUGAAAUACGAUAUGCAACUCAUUGUCAAGGACCUCUGCGCAAAACUUAUCAGGGCCGCAGAUACAACCCUUCCGGAUGGAAGAGUCGUGGACGAUACACUCGCUCUUCGGGUUUUCGUAAUAGCCUGUAAACAUGGACUGAGGGAGGAAGCACGUCUUGCUGCCCAUGCAUCUUUGAAAGGAAGUGUUAUAGGCACAUUCAUCAAGGAACUUCGCGAAAUCAAUGCAGCACAAUAUUUCCAUCUACUCCUCUUCCAUCAGAAAACAGUUGCAUCCGCGGAAUCAGCCCUUAUGUCGUCGUAUUCUUCAUACUGUCAUUCAGGCGCGCGAGACUCUCUUAUUGCAAGUGUGCGACCCAUCCUGCAGAAAUCGCCUAGGUCUGGCCAAGUGUCUCUGCCUUCCUUUCUCGGAUCAGUGCCGGUCAAUUACGGCUAUUGCUGUACAAGUAAUGCAAACUUGCAUAUGCAGCACGUCAGAGAGUCAAUAGACAAAGCAAUUGUGGCAAAUGAUAUUGAUGUUAGUGAAAUUUGAAUGAAGACAUAUCUGUCAUAACAAUCUCAUUAGACUACUUAAACGGAAUCUGCUGUAAAUCCAGCAUUCUACACGCAAUAGUUGAAGCACAGUCCUGACAAAAUUUUGAAAUACAAAAUAAUUA